AUGAGCAUCCAGAAGCUCGGUGGCUCAUUUGCCGUGAAGAAUGAAACCGAAAGCUCGGUGGAACUCCGUCUCUACUUCAAGGAAAAAGGCGUCAAGAUCGACCCAACUGGCCCACCGAAACUCUUCGAUAACGUCAAGGAGUUGUUGGCGGCCGUCGCCAAAGUCGCCCCGACUGUCAACGACAAGGAGCUGGAAUUGAUCUUGAACGCCAUCUUCAGCUUGAGCGUGACGUUUGCUCCAGCUCAGACCGAAUUGUUUGUUGAAGAUCUGAUCCGCACCUUCAAGGGAAAGGAGUUUGUUGGAAGAGGAUGGAACUCUCAUGUAUGUUACUUUCGAUUCUUUUGUUUGUGUUUUUAGAGAGAACAGGAUGUGAAAGAGGACAAUGGAUAAUAUUGUACUUGCAGGCCGGCGUUGCUGUCCGAAUCCUCUCGAACUUUUUCCACAUGUACACGGACCGACCUAAACUCCAAGUAACGAUCUUCAAAUGCCUAUUGGAAAUCGCUGGAAACGCCAGGAUCACCCGAUUCGCGGAUACGUCGUUGGAAACCGUGGAGAAGUACGUGAAAAUUUGGGAUUUGGACGUCGAAACGAAAAGAGAUUUGUACAGAGUUCUCCAUAGGGCUUUGUUGAAUGAUGGCCGACAUGAUGCUGCUGCUGAGGUGAGGGUUUGAAGAGAAAAUUACUUGUUUGUUCCAAUUUUAGGUGAUGUGCACCCUCCUCCGAACUUACACUGAAGUUGAUGCGGACCGAGCCAAAGAAGAUGCCCAUGAAUGUGUGAGAACAGCCGUUGUUGACCCCAAAUCCUUUGCUCUGGACCAUUUACUCCGCCUGAGCGCCGUUCAAAGUCUCAAGAAAUCGGAUCCCAAAAUUUAUGAGAUUCUCCAAUUAUUCUCAACUGGAACGCUUGUCGAGUACAAAAAAUUUGUCAGCGCGAACCCAGACUUUGUGAAAACCCAAUUGAAAACGGAUGAGAAGGCCCUAGAGAAGAAGAUUAAAAUGCUGACUUUGAUCUCAUUAGCCGAGAAAAGCCUGGUUUUACACUUGGAUCAGUUGAGAAAGGAGCUGGAAAUCCCGGAUGAAGAAGAUUUGGAAGAGUUUUUGAUAAAUGCUAUUCAAAUCAAGGCUGUUAAUGUGAGUUUAAAUUGAAAAGACUGGUGAAUUUAUAUCUAAAAUGUUAUAAUUUAUGGUUUUAGGGCAAAAUCAACGAGAAGGGCAAUGAAUUUGUGGUCACCGCUUAUCAACAUCGCACCUUUGACCGACCCCAAUGGGAAACCCUCCAAAAACGCAUCGGAUCCCUUCUGAAAAACAUUAAAAAGGCCAAUGAGAACAUGGAAUCCCUCCUCACCGUGGAAGAAGUCGAAAACUAG